UGCAUGGGGGAUCCCCCCACUCGUCUUGAGGCUCAUUUUCCUCCCGCGAUGGCCAGGAGCGCUGCUGGGGGACACCGUCCAUCAGCUGCCAGAUCACUGCGGGGACCUCGGCGGCCGCGGGGGACACAGACCGGGACCUGCCAUGGGAGUGAACCUGCUCCUUCCCUCCGUCUCCGUGCCCGGCGUGGGCUGCCCGCCCCCGCGCCUCUCUCCCGGGGGGCAGCGUGCGGGUCCCCCGGUAUCCAUGGCGAUGGGAGGGAGGUGUUUCCCCCCGCGCCCCCUCCCCGCCUCCGCUGCAGCCGCCGAGCAGCCGCAAGCGGCGCCAAGCGGCACCGGGGCUCCGGAGCUGGCGGGAGGCACGGAGCGAGGCACGGAGAGGGCGAGCCGUGCCCCCUCCCCUGGCAGCGCAUCCCCUGCACGGCAGCGAUGCAGCCCCCGGAGCCGGCCCGGCCCGGCGGAGGCCCUUCCAAUGGCACCUGGUGGUGGCCCAACUCCAGCGCCAGCCACCUCCUGAGGGAGAACUACACCUUCCUGGCGUACUACCAGCAUUCCUCCCCCGUGGCCCUCAUGUUCAUCCUGGCCUACACCUUCAUCUUCCUCAUGUGCGUGGUCGGCAACGUCCUGGUGUGCUUCGUGGUGGUGAAGAACCGCCAGAUGCGCACGGUCACCAACAUGUUUCUCCUCAACCUGGCCAUCAGCGACCUGCUGGUGGGCAUCUUCUGCAUGCCCACCACCCUGGUGGACAACCUCAUCACAGGUUGGCCCUUUGACAACACCAUGUGCAAAAUGAGUGGGCUGGUGCAGGGCAUGUCCGUCUCCGCCUCGGUUUUCACGCUGGUGGCCAUCGCUGUGGAGAGGUUUCGCUGCAUCGUCCACCCCUUCCGGCAGAAGCUGACGCUGAGGAAAGCCCUGCUGACCAUCGCCGUCAUCUGGGUGCUGGCCCUGCUCAUCAUGUGCCCGGCCGCUGUCACCCUGACCGUCACCAGGGAGGAGCACCACUUCAUGGUGGACACCUACAACAACUCCUACCCUCUCUACUCCUGCUGGGAGGCCUGGCCCGAGACGGGCAUGAGGAGGAUCUAUACCACCAUCCUCUUCUCCCACAUCUACGUGGCUCCCCUCACCCUCAUCGUCGUCAUGUACGCCCGCAUCGCCUUCAAGCUCUUCAAGUCGGUGGCACCCACCCAGAGCGGAGAGGAGCCGGAGGGGAGGAGGAUCUCCCGGAGGAAGGCCAAGGUCAUCAACAUGCUCAUCAUCGUCGCCCUCUUCUUCAGCGUCUCCUGGCUGCCCCUCUGGACGCUGAUGCUGCUGACGGACUACGGGCGGCUGAGCGAGGCCCAGCUGCGCCUGCUCACCGUCUACGUGUACCCGCUGGCGCACUGGCUGGCCUUCUUCAACAGCAGCGCCAACCCCAUCAUCUACGGCUACUUCAACGAGAACUUCCGACGUGCCUUCCAGGAGGUGUUCAGGGCCCCGCUCUGCUCAUGGCACUGCCAGCGCCGGCCCUACACCCCCCAGAGCCAUGGCCCCGGGACGCUCUUUGGCCCCCGUAACCGCAUCCUCAGCCAGGCGCGGGCCAGCGCCUCGCCAGCCGUGUCCGAAUCAGGGCCGCUGGCCCCGCGCCGCGCCGGCGUCCCUGCGUGGGACGGCUGAGGCCUCCAAACCCCUCUGCACCGAGGGACUGCGGGGUGGGGAGUGGGGAUUGGCCACGAGACAUGGAAAUAAAGGUGUGUCCGACUGA